UAAUACCUACGUGCAUAUACACACGCAGAUUAUAAGACAGAAAAAAUGAGUAACGCAGGUAUGCGAAUAGUACCGCCAGACGAUGAAGUGACGGUUAUUAGUCCGGACUGUCUGGAACUAGAUCUGUGCCAUCAUCGCAUAAGGAAAUUGGAACAUCUGGAGCCACUGAGAAAGAUAGAGCGUCUAUAUUUGCGCCGGAAUCUUCUAAAAAAGAUAGAAAAUUUGCAUACUCUGACAACGCUCAUGGAGCUGGAGCUUUACGAUAACCAAAUUACGAAAAUAGAAAACCUCGAUUCACUAACUAAGCUCAAUAUAUUGGAUCUGAGCUUUAAUAGGUUGACGAAACUAGAGAAUCUUGAGAAGCUGGUCAACUUACAGAAGCUUUAUUUCGUUGCUAAUAAGAUCACCGUGAUCGAAAACAUUGGCAUGUUAACCAACCUGACUAUGCUGGAGCUGGGCGACAAUAAGCUGAAGAAAAUCGAAAACCUAGGCACCUUGGUUGGCCUGCGCCAAUUAUUUUUGGGAAAGAAUAAAAUUUCGAAGAUCGAGAACCUAGACAAUCUCGUUAAUCUGGAAAUCCUCAGUCUCCAAGCAAAUCGUAUUGUAAAAAUUGAAAAUCUUGACAAGCUUGUCAAGUUAACGCAAUUAUAUUUGUCCGAGAAUGGAAUCGAAGUUAUGGAGAACCUUUCGACGCUAACUGGCUUAGAGACAUUAGAUCUAUCACAGAACAGAAUCAAGAUGAUUGCUGAUUUGAAGGCAAUGGAACAACUAGAGGAACUUUGGAUGAGCUCGAAUAAUGUUUAUGAUUGGAAAAAUAUAAACGUGCUAAAAGAUAAUAGGAAGCUUAGAACCAUUUAUUUAGAGGGAAAUCCGGUGGCUAAUGAUAUUCGAUAUCGGGCCAAGCUUUCUGAUAUGUUGCCACAACUGAGAAAAAUUGAUGCCACUUAUUGUCGGGCGACGAUUUUUUGAACUAACUUCCAUAUAAGGGCACAUCGCAUUCUAGUUCCAUUGUAUUUCUUCUAUAGAGCAAGAAUAAAAAUAAACAAAAUAUUAAAAA